AGCCAUGCUGUGCCGCAUGCAGGACUGGCGGCUUCAGGGAACACCAUGGAGGCGCUGCCAGCCUGCCUGCUCCGGGAUGUGGUCCAGGAGGCCCGGGGCGUGGCCGUCAUAGGCAUCGACGAAGGGCAGUUUUUCCCCGACAUCGUGGAGUUUAGUGAGAACAUGGCCAAUGCUGGGAAGACCGUGAUUGUGGCCGCACUGGAUGGGACCUUCCAGAGAAAGGCUUUCGGGACCAUCCUGAACCUGGUGCCCCUGGCGGAGAGCGUGGUGAAGCUGACAGCGGUGUGCAUGGAGUGCUUCCGCGAGGCCGCCUACACCAAGCGGCUGGGCACCGAGAAAGAGGUCGAGGUGAUUGGAGGAGCAGACAAAUACCACGCCGUGUGCCGCCUCUGCUACUUCCGGAAGGCCUCAGGGCAGCCGGGGCAGCCCGCCGGACUGGACAGCAAAGAGGAGAAAGAGAACUGCCCGGCGCUGGGAAGGCUGGGGGAGACCAAGCCCGGGGAGGCGGCGGCGGGAACCAGGAAGCCGUUUGGCCCGCACCAGAUGCGCCAGUGCAGCCCUGCCAACUGAGGCCUGGGGGAGCCAGCGCCCCCUGGCGGAUGCCUGCCCCCUGCACGCUGAGCAGCCUCUCCAGAGGAGGAAGUCCUGGGGGAGGUUUCACUGGCAUUUGGAACUUCCAGCAGGGCUGCUGGUCUGCAGUCCCGUUUCCCUCCACCGGCCUUUCUCAGUUCCCUUCCCAGCUGCUGGGCCAUCAUGACCACCCCAGGCUGGCGCUGGCCACUGCUGACACCACUCCUCCUCAGGGGUGAGGGGCAGGCCACACGCUGUGACAUCAGCACUGCCGGCUUCUUCCCGCUCUGUGGCUUUCACCGUUAGGUUUCUGUUCUUACUGGGAAGCACCUCUGGCUUAGCGCCGAGCCACAUUCCACGCAAAGGCUCCGUCCCUCUGCCUGGGACAGGCUCCCGGCCUGAGGAUGGUGGGACUUGUGCCCUCGACUUGCUUCCCUCUCAGCUGGAAGUCCUGACUGUUCUGGUGAUCGCCUUCUCAAGAAUUACAGCUUUCUUCACAUAGGGGACACCCUGCUGGGGCUCAGAUCCCAGGGCUUUGCUUGUCUUUUAAGGGGGGCCUGGGGGCAGGGUCCCUGAUUCUUCUGUUGUGAGAUUAAUAACUAAUGUUAAAAUGUA